AAUAAAAAAUUAAACAGUGCAGAAUAAAUAUGCACGCGCAUUGCACAUCGGGGAAGAGGAAAAAAUCCGGUAAAUUAAAACUCCGGCGAAUUCAAUGGGCGGCGAGGAGAAAGAAAAUUGUGCAUAUCAAGUUCUAGUGGAUCGGCUUCGGAUUUUGGAGGAGAAACAAGCCAUACUGACGGAGCAGUUCAGUGAGUUGUUGCAGGAGAAGAAGCUCACAGUCAAAGAGAACGAAGAUUCAACAGCUGAUUUUCUUGCUGGUUUCUUCUUCUUCUCUCAAAGUCCUUAUGCUAAAAUUUUGAAAUGCAUAGGGAUCUCUGUUUAUGUCCACAGUGUUUCCUCCGGCGAGAUCACAUACUGGAAUAAUGCAGCAGAAACUCUAUAUGGAUGGAAGGAGCAUGAAGUAAUUGGACAAAGAAUAGCUGAUUUCCUAGUUGCUGAGGAAUAUUAUGCAUCUCUGCGAAAAAUUCUACAACAGUUGAUCACAGGAGUGCCAUGGUAUGGACAGUUUCCUUUCAAGAAGAGGUCUGGUGAAAUAUUUAUGGCAUUGGUAACAAAAACUCCUCUUUACGAGGAUGGCGUGCUUGUUGGUAUUAUCAGCGUUUCUAGUGAUGCAGCUGUAGUUAACUCUAAGGAUUUCGCCAAUGGAAGAACUUGCCAAUCUCGUGCGAAUGACAAACCUGGAACUCAAAGGUUAAAAAGGGUUCAAUGGCCUCCACGCCCGCAAAUUGCAUCAUCUGUUUCCAAUCUGGCAUCAAAGUUUCUUCCACCCCAGCGUACAGAUGAUUCCGUUUCGAAGAACACUUCAACAGAUUCAGAUGAUGAAAAACAGUGGAAGCCUAGGAUUUAUGAAACUGAAUCUUGUUCCAGAAGUCACCAAAAAGAAAACACAGCUGCCCGAGAACCCAGCACGAAGGAUGAGUCUACAACUGAACUUAGUCAACCUUCUAAAAUUUUCUGCAGCUUAUAUGCCCAACUAAAUGCAACCACCGUCUUGUUUAUGCUUCCCUUUCAAAGUAUACUUGUGGAAACUCCUCGGCAUGUAUUGGAAGCAGCCAAAGUCCUUUCUAAGUUUCGAAUCGGGGGAAGUGGAAAAUGUAGGAAGGAUGCUGGAAGUAUUAAAGAUAAUUGCCCAACUGAAGAUAAUUCAGGAAGUAAUACAGUGAAUAAUGAAAAUGAUUUAUCUGGAAAUUCAGUUGCAUUAACCUGGCACCAGGAUAUUUCUAAUGGACAAGAUAAAGAAGAAAAUCUCCAAAAUUGUAAUUCUUCAUUUGUUGUGAAUAAUGCAGAUGCAAAAUUUUCUGCACUUAGAACUUCUAGUGUUUUCAAAGAUAGUUCUGCUAUACCUUUCUCAGAGAACUAUUGUGAAUGUUCUGGUUCUCCCUCUUCCAAAGACCCUUUAAGAUUACACUGUUCUUUCGAUCCAAAGAAAUUGGAGUCUAGAGCUACAAAUUUGGUAAUAGAAGAUGAAGUGAAAAAGCAGCAAGAAGGGUUGCAGUUGGCGAGCUCGAAGGAGAGUACAGGUGGCCAUGCGAUUUCAUUAAGCAAAGGGAAAAGUGAAUCAAACUCUGUUGUAGAGUGUGAAAUCCAAUGGAAAGACCUUCAAUUAAGAAAGGAGAUCGGGCAAGGUUCUUAUGCUGUUGUUUAUCAUGGAAUUUGGAAUGCAUCGGAUGUUGCCGUCAAGGUUUACUUUGCAAAUGGAUACACAGAGGAGACUUUACAAGACUACAAAAAAGAGGUUGAUAUAAUGAAAAGAUUGAGACACCCUAAUGUAUUGCUUUUCAUGGGAGCAAUAUAUUCUCAGAAAAAGCAUGCCAUAGUGACAGAAUUAUUACCUAGGGGAAGUCUUUUCAGAACACUUCACAAGAACAAUCAAACAUUUGACAUCAGACGGCAUCUUAGAAUGGCUCUUGAUGUUGCUAGAGGAAUGAAUUAUCUUCAUCACAGAAAUCCACCAAUUGUGCAUAGAGACCUAAAGUCUUCUAACCUGCUUGUUGAUAAAAACUGGAAUGUCAAGGUUGGAGACUUUGGCCUUUCAAAGUUGAAGGAUGCAACUUUACUGACUACCAAAUCCGGGAGAGGCACACCUCAAUGGAUGGCCCCUGAAGUCCUCCGCAGUGAACCUUCAAAUGAAAAGUCUGAUGUGUUCAGUUAUGGUGUCGUCCUUUGGGAAAUAAUGACUCAAUCUAUUCCAUGGAAAGAUUUGAAUUCCUUACAGGUUGUUGGAAUAGUAGGCUUUAUGGAUAGAAGACUGGACCUGCCGGAGGGGCUUGACCCCCAUGUCGCGUCAAUCAUAAAUGACUGCUGGCAAAGUGAUCCAGAACAACGGCCUUCGUUUGAAGAGCUGAUACAGAGAAUGAUGUUGGCUAUCAGCAGAGUAACAACUUUGUCAUUAAAUGGAAUUGCCGAAUCCUGAUCAUGCUUGUACAUCUGACUACAGCCAGCUCCAUUAGAUUAAGAGAAGAAAAAACUCUAACGAUCAACAAGCGACUUAGGCUCGAAUUUGCUGUUUAAAGAUAUAAUUUGCUGUUUAAGGUAACUAUAGAUGUUGUCGAAUUUUCUGAUUGAAUACAUUGUCCGCAUCGGCAACGGAUACUUGUUUGUACACGUCUUGGACUUGCUACUUGCUUCAGAUCGACUCUAUCCACAGAUGGACUUACCCUGCAGCACUUCACAUAUUGUUCUUGUGUUGUCUCCCAAUCCUAUCUGUCUAACUGAAAGUUUAUUUAACUAUAGUGUAAGAACUUCUGUCAUGCAUGGGUUAAAUUGAAAGAUUAUCUAAUGGCUAAUUGUCUUGACAAAAAAGUUAUCUAUAGUAAUAACAUAAAAGUCAUAAUAUAACCCUGAAGCUCCUUGGGUUAUAUAUAUGCUUGAUGCUAGUAUUUAACAUUGUGUGUAAAUUAUUUUGUAUUGUUUAUUAGGAGUAUUUCCUCUCCCAACAACAUUAUUGAGGAAGAGAUUACGAAGUUGUUUUUCCUGCCAUGCCUA